UGUUCUUUAGAAUCUCCAGUUAUUGGUAAUGCUUGUAGCGGCAAUACUCCUCCCAUAGGCUACUCAUCUGACUCAAACAAGUUUCUGUUGAGGUUUUUAGAUAAAAAUAUAAUGUAAGUGUAAAAUAUAAUGUAAAUUGUAUAUGCCGUCAUGAUAUGGGCGUCUAAAUCCAUGUCCAGUACACAGUGUAUUCCAAUAAGUUCAAUCACGGCAUCUGAAAAUGAAAAACUUCGUAAAAUAAUCUUUUUUUCCACGCAUAACGAUUGCCUUGUCUUCAUCGUCUGUUAAGUUAUUGGUAUAACUAUCGACUGUCAUAUUCGAUUGCUGUCGUAUUUCAAAUGUCAUCAAGAUGUAAACGUUUUUUGAUAUUCGAAACAUUAUUAUUGUUUAUACCACUUAUACCACCAUUGACAGGAUAUAGUGGAUGCACUGAAAAAUUUAUUGAAUUUAACGAUAUAGAUAACGCAUCUGUGAUAAUAGGUGGCUUGUUUCCGGUCCAUUAUUGGCAUCAAAACUAUAAAAAGUAUGUUUUAAAUAAACCGGGACUCUUAUGGGUUGAGGCAAUGAUAUUUGCAAUUGAUGAAAUUAACAAAAGCAGUUUUUUAAAAAACAAGAAAAUUGGUUAUCGCAUACGUGACAGUUGCAAUAAUAUUAAAAUCGCUAUUAAAUCAGCCUUAGAAAUUACGCAGAGUUUUCACCAAUAUCAAACAGUUGUCAACAAUAGCAUAUGUCAAUGCAAUUUACGUUAUAAAAAAGCUAUAGCUUUAGUAGGCGAUGCAGCAUCUGAUACUUCAACAAAUGUAGCAGCUAUUUUAUCUUCAACAGGAACAACUCAGAUAAGUUAUUCAGCUACAUCUACUGAUCUUAAUGCAAAGUUGUAUCGCUCAUUUUUACGAACUAUAUUACCUGACAACAUUCAGGCUGCACUUAUAACAGAUUUAAUGGUCUACAACAACUGGACGUUUGUCAAUGUUAUAGCAUGCGACGACGACUAUGGUAGAGUCGGAUUUAGCGAACUAUUACCAAGAUUGCAGGAAAAAGGAGUCUGCACGGCUGUUGCAGAGAUUUGCGAUGUAAAAGGUGAUUCUAAUACAGACCAAAUAAAAACACUUAUUAAAAAACUUUUUCUAGAAAAAAAAGCAAAUGUUAUUGUUCUUUGGUGUCAACGGCCAGAAGCUGUUCGAUUUUUAAAAAUUGCUGCCGAACUAAAUUUAUAUAACAAAACGUGGAUAGCUACUGAAACAUAUGGUUUUAGUAAUGAAGUUUAUGAUAUUAAUCCAAACGUUGUAAAAGGAAUGCUUGGAAUAAUCCCUUUGCAAGUUUUUUAUGAACCGUUUGAAACCAAACUAAAAUCUAUGAGCCCUAACUUGAUAUACAAAAAUCCAUGGAUUCAUGAGUAUUGGAAAGAAAAAAAUUGUGAAACUAGUAACAAAGCUAACUGCUCAAAUCUUAGUUUAUUUGAUCUACCGAAAAGCAAGUAUGCAGAAGUUAUACAUGCAGUUCAGUCAAUUGCUAGAGGGUUAAAUUCUUACAUUAAAUUAGAAAAUCCAUCAGAGUUUAAUCCUCAAAGACUUCUUUCAUAUGUAAAGAACGCAAGUUUUAUUGGUAUAAACAACUUAUUAAUAUCUUAUGAUGACCAAGGAAAUCCCAAAGCUGCGGGUUACUCAAUAACUAAUUUGAAAACAGAUAAUAAUAACAGACUUUUCUGGGAUGUUAUAGCAAUUUGGGAUUUUUUAUCAAGAAAAAUAACGUUUAAUUCAGGAAAACAAAUUACAUAUCCACGUGAUUCGGUAAAUUCGCUACAAUCGUCUUGCAAAGAAAAAUGCAAACCAGGUUAUUUUGCACUUUUAUUUGAAAGUUUAUGUUGUUGGGAAUGUGUAAGAUGCCCAAAGGACAGUAUACAGCCAAAUUUUGGACAAUUUAAUUGUACUCGCUGUACUGGAAGCAAAAUACCGAACGCCAUUGGAACAAAAUGUGUUUUACCAAAGAAAGUAUUUAUUUUUGCUGAUAGCAAAGAAGGUGUUAUAAUAAUAAACUUUUCUACAUUUGGAUGUGUGUUAGUCAUAUUUGUUGUUUUUACAUUUUACAGGUACAAAGAAACCCCUAUUGUAAAGGCUUCAAACAUAAAUCUAUCGUUAACGCAGCUUAUAAGUAUUUUGUUUACGUUAAUGUUACCCUCUUUUUGUGUUCAAAAAGAAAUCACUAAACAAAUAUGCUUUAGUCAACUGCUUUACUUUGCUUGCUUCAAUACAAUUACAGUUUCGGUGACUUUUAUAAAAGCUGACUUUCUUUUAAGAGUUUUUUCUAAAAGAAGAUCUAUUCGUUAUAAAAGUAAAACCAAUGCACACAGUACACAGUAUUAUGUACGAAUAAUUGUUAGAGAAUUUAUGCCGGUUGCAAUUUUAACCUUUAUAAGUGUUACGCUUUGUAUUAUUUCUUUGUUUUCUUUUCCGAUCGAAGUUAAUAGCGUAGUGACAAUACAAGGAGAUGAUAACAUACAAACUACAUCAUACUGCGACGGAUACUAUAACUCAAUUUUGUUUUUAAUGAUAACAUUUGUUGUACUAAUUGCAUUUGUUUGUGGAGUAUACGCAUUUAAAGCACGUAAUAUGCCUGAUACACACAACGAAGCGCAAUUAACUUGUUUAGCAACAUUUUUAUAUGUGAUAUCAUGGUUGAUAUUUGUUCCGUUAUAUCUUAGUACAAGCAAUCAACAACAAAAACUGGUUGUUUGGUGUUUUAUGUCAAAUACAUCCACAAUAUGUCUCUUUCUUGUCGUGUACUCCCCUAAAAUAUACUUUAUCUUUUUUAGAGCAAGAGAAAAUACAGGAGUAAGCUUUAGAGCUAAAAUCACACAUUUUAUGUUUACCAAUUUGGCAUUUGAGCCGUAAAAAAUUUUUAGAAAUCUUUUGAAAUUUUCACAGUAUAAAGAACAAGUGAAAUAAAAUUAAUAGAAAAUAAAUAACUUAAAAAUGUAAACUUAAAUUUAUUGAAUCUAUUUUUCUGCAUGGAAAUGCUUGUUUGAAGGGUUUGCUUUUAAAAUGAGUUACUUCUGUUAAACUAAAAUUGUACCUCACACUAUCAACCCUCAUACCCUUGGUACCAUCAAUCCUAGUACACUUAUUUAUGAUUAAUUUAAACAUUCCCUUGAAUUAUAAAAAAUUCAUAGAACUCGAACAUGUUAAGCUUUUUUACUAAUUCAAUGAUUUAAAGAUUUGCUAAAGUGUUGUUGCUAACUUUUCUGCACAGCGUAGAACGUAAGCUAAAAAAAGAAGUUCCUAUUCUCUAAAAUUUUUCACAGCUCAUUUAGAAUUAAAGUAAAAGAUGCUACCAGCUACCAGAGCUUUCAGUUAAAACAUUUCCAUAAACUAGGAAAUCUAAAUUGCACGAAUCUACAACUACCAUACGUUGGUAAAAUUACAAUGUUCCGAGUUACGUUGGCACAACAUCGGUCACGAUUUAUCAUUUUGGUUUCAUUAUAUAGGUAUAUCAUUUUGGUUGCAAAUGCGGUUUUGUAUUUUAAGUUGGCGAAGUGUAAUAUUUUACGUUAUAUUUUUUAAGCCUGUUAACUCUAAAA